AUGCUGUUGGCGGACGAUGCACAACCCGUGGAAGCCAAGUGGACUCCACCGGCCACCGAGAAUGACAAGAUCGAGGACCCAGUACUGCAGGCUAAAGAGCCUAUCAUUCCGGAGGAAGAGCGAGCCACCCUGCUGGAAUCCGUCCUGGAGAUACUGCCUCGAAUCGGGAAAGAACGAGAACCUGGCAUGGCAAAGGUUGUGGGCGACAGGAGGAACCUACAACGUCUCUUCGUCAUGACGAAGCAGCUAUCUGGGCUGGGCUCUGCUCGUCUGAAAGACUCCACGGUUUCCGGAAAUGUAAUGACGGUCCUGAGACACGUCGUGGAGGAUGACGACACCCUUCGGCAGAUCAUGCGAAGUGAGAUCCGGAGGUACUUCGAGCAGAUGGGCCACAGAAACCCCCGAGCCAUCGACAUACCCACAUAUACUCGGAGCCUUGCACAUGUCGCUCUGAGGUCCCCGGACAUUUUCAUCGAGAUAACAAACGAGACUGUUAGGCUCGGGCGGUUUCAAACAUCGAGCGAUCCUUCAGGACCAACUGCGAGAGGAGUCACACUGACGCUCAAGGAGAAAUCGAGCGAAAAGCCACCAGCCUCGCUUCCAGUGAGCGAAUCGGUUGAGCCAGCGGUCCAGGCUACGGAGGAGCUCACCAUUAAUGAUGUCAAGCCAACGACCGAACCCGCCGACAAGGAAAUGACUGACGCAGUAAAGUCCUCUGCAGCCGAGUCAAAACGACCCGUCGUCGAGAACCCCGACGGAGUGGUACACUUCCUACUCUGCGAGUUGCUCAACUACCGAGAGGUUGCCGACAAAGAGCCGACGGACACCGCUAAGGAAACGAACGCACCUGGUGAUGACACUGGGGCGGCGAACAGUGAGGCUACGCCUGUUGACGAGCAGAACGUCGAGAACAAAGACAAGAAACCCCCAAAGGCUUCGUUCAAGGCUGAAGAACACCCCAUCUUCGUCUACCGCUGUUUCCUGCUCCACUGCCUCGCAGAGCUAUUGCAGAGUUAUACGAGCAAGAAGAUGGAGUUCAUCAACUUCAAGCGUAAUGCUCCCACGUUCGCCAAUACGCCAGUGAAACCUCGCUCAGGCGUUCUCAACUAUCUACUCAACGAUCUCCUCUGCACGAGCAGUCUCAGCUCGCCACAGGACAGUGUUGCAGCAAAGAAGAAAGCCGCUACCUCUGAGCAGGCCCGUCAGGUUCUCGUUGCCUUGGUGGCCAAGACCAACGAGAGGCCAGUGGACCGGAGCCGCGAUCGUUUCGAUUAUGACGAUGAUUCUGAUCUGCUCUUUGUCCGCAAGUGGGUUCUGGACAUGAUCCUCCGCGCGUAUAAGGACGCCUCACUGCCGAGCGAGCCUUUCGACAUGAGAUAUGCAAAGCUGCUGUCCUUGGCCGAGCUCAUGAUCAACAUGAUGGGCGACAAGGCCGACUCAGCAAGCCCUCGCUUCUCGGACCACUCCACGGCGAGUCGCUCACACAUGCAGCUCAAGCGCCUAAUGUAUGAGAAGAGCUUCCUGCCAGCACUGACCUCAUCCAUAGCCGACAUCGAUCUCACAUUCCCUGGCGUAAAGCGCACUAUCAAGUAUAUCCUCCGUGUCCUGCAGAUCAUGACGAGCACUGGUAUCGCCCUCAGUCACGCUAAUCUGCUCCCGUCCGGUCCUCAAGACAAUGUGGAGGAUGAAAUUGCGUCGGCAUCAUCGCUCUCUGACUUGGAAGACGACCGUGAGGAGACUCCUGAUCUUUACCGGAACUCCGCCUUGGGCAUGCUUGAGGCUGGCCGGGAAGACGACUUUGACGAAGAUUCCGACGAGGACGAGGACGAGGAAAUGUACGAUGAAGAGUACCCCGAUGAGCUCGACUACGGCGAUGACAUGUCGCAGGAUGGCGAAGAAGACGUCAGCGACGACGAUGAAGAGCUCGGUGAAAUGGGUAACAUCGAAGGCCUCCCAGGAGAUCCAGUCGGCGUCGAGGUCAUCAUGGAUGAGGACGAGGAUGACGAGGAUGACGACGACGACGAGGACAUGGAUGAGGAUGACGAACUCAGCGACGACGAUGACGAUGGGGACGACGACGAAGUCGGCUCAGAAGAUAUGGACGACAUGGAAGAUCGUAUCGAAAUCGUCGACGAGGAAGGAAACCCGCUCGACGAUGACGGCGGUUCUGGCUGGGAGAGCGAGACCGACGACGAGGAUGAGGGCGACGAGGAGGGCGAGGGUCAGGCGUACGAAGAUGGAGUGCACGACCUCGACGAGCUCGCCAACAUGCCCAACCCGCUCCACGAGCUGCAAGAGCUCAUGCAGGAUGACCAUGCGGACGGCCAUCACCACCAUCACAUCCUGGCCGAGGAAGGGUUCAACUUCGGUGGCGAUCGUUACGACGACGAAGCCGAAGAUGAUGACGACGAAGAUGAGCAAGUUGAUGUCGACGAUGACUACAUCUAUGAAUACCCGCAGAGACCAGGAGAUGAUAUUGCUCCUCCCCCUAUGCCCGCCGGUCUUGGCUGGGAUGCUCUUGUUGUCGAACGCGGUCCUCCACGGCCUCGCCGCAGUCCCUUCCCAGUUGGUCCCUUCGUUAUUGGCGGCGGACCCCGGGGCGGCGAUCCACUUGGUGACUUCCGCAGUUACUUUAGGAGUAGAGCUCCGGGCCCAGCGGCUAAUCAAGAUGAUGGACUUAAUCCGCUACUCCGACGAGGCGCCAACAACGCUCGCGACGCCUCCCCUCGCCCACUUGGGUCACCACUGCAGCGGUUUGGUAGCUUGCACAGCUUCCUCGACAGCCCUAUGAGCAUUCUGAGUGAUCUGAUGGCAAACCUACCUCCAGGCAUCGCAGGACGGACUCCGCAUCUGUCCUUCCAAAUCCAGGGCCCAGGUGGCCGUGGCGAGAUCCAAGAGUUUAGCAUUCCCCUCCGAGCUGGCCAGCACAGUCGUGAUGUGCGGACCGAGACCCGGCGAGAGGUGUACCAGGAGCCGCAGCAAGCAGUUGGGUUUGCUCCAGCUACGACUGAGCAGCGGUGGCUUGAUGAAGCUCGACUGGUCUUUGGCCACAUGAACCAGGAAAAGGCGACGAGGCUCAACAACUACAUCUGGGCCACGCUCACGCCUUACGCUGCCGAGCACGAGAGGAAGGCCAAAGCCGAAGAGGCGGAGCGCCGACGCAAAGAGGAAGAAGAACGCCAGAAACGCCACGAAGAAGAGCGCAAAGCACGUGAGGCCAAGGAGGCUGAAGACAAGAUAGCGCGAGAGAAGGCAGAGGCGGAAGAGCGUGAGCGCUUGGAGCGUGUGGCAGCCGAAGCAGCCGAAGCAGCCGCUCAGGCUGGUGCAGAAGAUGACGAGCAGGCGGAAGGCUCUGAGGACGCCGAGCCGCAGCCUAUGGAAGGUGUCGAGACGUCUGAUGAGUCUCGGCAGCCCGAACAUGAGGAACCUGGACCUCCCCAGCCGCGGGUGGUCACGACGAUCCGGGGCGAGGAAGUCGACGUCACCGAGCUCGGAAUCGACCCCGAGUACCUUGCUGCUAUCCCUGAGGAUCUGAGGGAAGAGGUUAUCGCGCAAACCGUCACCUCGCGACGCACCGAGGCCCGCGCAGCCGCAGCAGACAGCUCUGCUGGAGAGCAGGGUGAGGCUUUCCAGGAGUUCCUGGAUGCGCUUCCCGAAGAUAUACGGCACGAGAUUGUCCAAGCUGAGCGACACGAGCGGAGGCGGGCCGAGCGCGAGGCGCAACGCCGCCAGACCGCAACAAUCGGACACACGCCCGCAGCGCAGGACAUGGAUGCUGCAAGUAUCCUGGCUACCCUCCCACCCGACCUUCGGCAGACUGUUCUCAUGGAGCAAGGCAACGAGAUUAUGGAUCAGCUUCCACCCGACCUGGCCGAGGAAGCCCGGGCUCUGGCGGAAAGGUACCACCGGACCGCGUCCACCACCGCCAUGUUACGCACACGCGAUGCGGCCCGCAACGCCCCAGAACCCGCGGCUGGAACUGACAACAAGGUGCAACGUCGCGCCAUCGUGCAGAUGCUGGACAAGGCGGGUGUAGCGACACUUCUUCGUCUCAUGUUUGUGAGCCAGCAGGGUUCUAUCCGCAGCCACCUCUUCCGUGUGCUUGGUGAUAUUUGCGAGAACCGACAAAACCGAUUCGAGGUCAUCGGCUCGCUUCUCCAGAUUCUUCAGUUUGGCAGCACCGACAUGGAGGCCGUCGAGCGCAGUUUCAGUUCAUUGUCCCUGAAGGCCAAGCAACCAAAAGACAAGGACAAGGACAAGGACUUCAAGACUCCCCAGAGCCUCAAGCGGACGUUCACGAACAUUAGCUCGACCAACAACAUUCAACAGAACUCGGAGAUCUCUCCUCUCCUAGUCGUCCAGCAGUGUCUCGAUUUGCUUGUGGAACUUUCGGGCAGGAAUCCCCACAUCCCCUCCCUCUUCCUGACUGAGCACGAAGGCAUCGCCGUCUCUCUGAAACAGGCGCACAACCGCAAGGGCAAGAAUAAGGACCUGAAGGUGCACAAAUACGCCAUUAACUCGUUACUGCAUCUCCUUGAUCGCGAUCUAGUCAUGGAGAGCUCGACCGUAAUGCAACUCCUCGUGGAUCUUCUUAACAAGGUCACACUUCCACUUCAGGCGCUAGAGCGGCGCCGCAAGGAGGCUGAAGAAGAGGCCAGAAGAGAAGCAGAGAAGGCAAAGGAGGGCACAGAGCAGCGGGAAGCUGCUGCUGCUGCUACUACCGACAAUGCUCAGGAUUCCUCAGCCGCUCAGACUGAGGCUCCCACGGAGGCGCCCUCGAAGCCGGCCGAGACUUCUGCAGAUAAGGCUCAGCCUGAGCAAAAGAAGGUCCGACAGCUUCAGCCUCCAUUCAUUCCUCCGGAGAACCUGAAGCUCGUGGUCAAGAUCUUUGUUGCACGCGAGUGCAGCUCCAAGACUUUCCAGAACACCAUAUCCACCAUCAAGAAUCUCUCCAAUAUUCCUGAAGCAAAGCAGGCUUUCGGAAGGGAGCUUGUGAAGCAGGCCCAACUGCUCAGCAAGAACAUCGUGUCAGAGCUUGACGAACUCAUGCCGCACAUCUCAAAGGCAGAGUCUGGCACUGAGAUUCAGGGACUCGCACUAGCCAAGUUCUCUCCUGGCGCUUCAGAGCAGAACAAGCUUCUCCGCGUUCUGACGGCUCUUGAUCAUCUUUUCGAGACCAAGAAGGACGAGACGCGAGAUGCAGGCGAUGCUGCCGCCGCCGACGAGAAGUCUAGCUUGCUUAUGACUCUCUACCACAACGAGACCUUCAACAAGAUGUGGGAGAAGCUGAGUGGUUGUCUUGCAGCUAUCCGUCAGCGAGACAGCAUGUUGAACGUUGCCACCAUCCUUCUGCCCCUUAUCGAGUCGCUCAUGGUUGUUUGCAAGAACACAACGCUAGAGGAUGGUCCUCAGAGCAAGAGUCAAUUCAACAAGGACAUGGUCCUCUCUAGCCCACCGCCUGAGGACGCUAUGGCAGGCCUGUUCUUCACUUUCACCAACGAGCACCGGAGGAUACUCAACGAGCUUGUUCGGCAAAACAACAAGCUCAUGUCGGGCACGUUCUCCCUCUUGGUGAAGAACCCCAAGGUGUUGGAGUUCGACAACAAGCGCAGCUACUUCACACGGACGGUCCACGCGAAGCAGAGUGGUCAUACACGGCCAUCCUACCCGCCGCUGUCGGUCAAUGUCAGGCGAGACAAUGUUUUCCACGAUUCUUACCGGGCCCUUGCCUUCAAGUCUGAUGACGAGGUCAAGCAUGGCAAGCUUAACGUUCGCUUCCACGGCGAAGAGGGCGUCGACGCCGGAGGUGUGACCCGUGAGUGGUUCCAGGUCCUGACCAGGGCUAUGUUCAACCCAGACUACAUCUUGUUCACUCCCGUGUCUGCGGACCGCACGACAUUCCACCCGAACAAGUCCAGUCACUAUAACGAGGAGCACUUGGCCUUCUUUAAGUUCAUUGGCCGAAUCAUUGGCAAGGCCGUCUACGAAGGUCGUCUUCUGGACUGUUACUUCAGCCGUGCUGUGUAUAAGCGCAUCCUCGGCAAGCCUGUGUCUGUCAAGGACAUGGAGUCGUUCGACCCGGACUACUACAAGUCACUGGUCUGGAUGCUGGAGAAUGACAUAACGGGCACGGUGAUCGAGUCUUUCUCGGUCGAGGAAGACGAGUUCGGCGCAAGCAAGGUUGUCGACCUCAUCGAGAACGGCCGCAAUAUUGAUGUGACCAACGAGAACAAGCACGAGUACGUCCGGCUCAUUGUAGAGCACAAGCUCCUGUCAUCCGUCAAGAUCCAGAUGGAGCACUUCCUGCAGGGAUUCCACGGUGUCAUCCCGGCGGACCUGAUUGCCAUCUUCAACGAGCAGGAGUUGGAGCUUCUCAUCUCUGGUCUCCCCGACAUCGACGUGGACGAUUGGAAGAGCAACACGGAGUAUCACAACUACACGGCGGCCUCUCAGCAGAUCCAGUGGUUCUGGCGCGCGGUUCGAUCGUUCGACAAGGAGGAGCAGGCCAAACUGUUGCAGUUUGUGACGGGCACGUCCAAGGUUCCUCUGAACGGCUUCAAGGAGCUCGAAGGCAUGAAUGGGGUCAACCGCUUCAACAUCCACCGUGACUACGGCAACAAGGAUAGGUUGCCCAGCUCGCAUACCUGCUUCAAUCAACUUGAUCUGCCCGAGUACGAAAGCUACGAGGCUCUCCGCAGCCAGGUCAUCAAGGCCAUCACGACGGGUGGCGACUACUUUGGUUUCGCCUAA